AUGGGUUCUGUCGAGACUUCUUUUGGAAAGCCGAUGCUUAAGCAUUGGCUUUUCGACCCAUCUUAUAAGAGUCUCAAUCAUGGUUCCUUCGGUGCGCAUCCAGCCGCUGUUAAUGAUGCCCGACGCACCUUUCUGGAUCUCGCCGAUCGGCGACCCGAUCCAUACAUCCGGAAACAACAUACCGAGCUUCUGGACGAAGCACGCCGUGGUGUCGCAGAGAUUCUCAAUGCGCCCAAGGAGGAAUGUGUUUUUGUCAAGAAUGCCACCACUGGUGUUGCAACUGUGUUGUACAAUCUGAAUUUCCAAGCAGGUGAUGUUGUGGUCUAUUUUGAACCGGUGUACGAUGCUGUGGAGAUGGGCUUGGUCUCACUACAGGAGCAUUCUGAUCUCAAGACGCGGAAAGUGUCUUUUCAGUACCCCAUUACUGAGGACGAACUUGAACGUCGAUUCCGUGAGGUUGUCCAGAAGACUCGUGACGAGCAUCUCAAUGUUCGCGCGGCUGUUUUCGACACCAUCGUUAGUAACCCGGGGGUGCGCUUCCCCUUCGAGCGGUUUACGGCGAUCUGCCGGGAAGAGGGGAUCCUGAGCGUGAUCGACGGUGCCCACGGCAUCGGGCAGAUCCAUCUUGAUAUGAGCACGUUGCAGCCUGACUUUUUCAUUACGAACUGUCACAAGUGGCUGUAUACGCCUCGUAGUGCGGCUGUUCUCUAUGUCCCGAAGCGCAACCAGCAUCUUAUCCGCACAACGGUUCCCACGUCAUGGGGUUUCAUUGCUUUGCCCGAUUCACCAGAAACUAUCUCAUCGAUCCUCCAAGAUGCCAAUGCGGUCAAAACCAAGACUCCGUUUGAGGAAUUAUUCGAAUUUGUCGCUACGAGCGAUGACUCCGCUUACCUUUGCGUGCCUGCCGCAUUGAAGUUCCGCCGAGAAGUCUGCGGCGGUGAAGAUGCAAUCAUCUCGUACUGUAUCAAUCUCGCCAAUGAAGCUGCCGAUGCGGUCGCCGCGAUUCUCGGGACAGAUGUGAUGCAGGAGGCGGAUCUGAAGCCGGGCGAGACGAGCAACAUGCGCCAAUGUGCCGUGACAACAGUGCGCUUGCCUAUUGCUGUUGCUGAUGGCGGAUCCACCGUAUCUGGAGCACUGGUCACUAUCAGGCCUGAGGACGCUCCGCGCGUAUUCGGAUGGAUCCAAGAGACGCUCAUGGCAAAGUAUGACACAUUUGUGCCUGUCUUCCGCCACGGGCCGUGGCUGUGGACACGCUUGAGUGCCCAAACAUUCUUGGAGAAGAGUGAUUUCGAGUGGCUGGGCGGCAUUCUUCGCGAACUGUGUGAAAAAGUUGCUCGGAACGAGUGGUCGGAAGGUGUGGUCGAGGCUCUCAGCACCCUUGAC